AUGCCAAAGAAGAAGCCUUCAUUUGAUGACUCGGAUCAUGAAUCGGAAGAAGAAGUUGAAGAAGUAAUUUCUAGGAAUCAUCCUGUAACAAUAUCAGAUGAUCAAAUAAUAUCGGAUUUAUGGGAAGUUUUCAAUUCGAUAGAUAAAAAUCAGGAUGGUGUUAUAACGUUUAUGGAAUUAAAAAUCAUGCUUAAACGAUUAAAUCAAUUUAGUUCGGAUGCUGAAGUGCAGUCGAUGAUUAAAAAUGUAGCAGAGAGUAAUGAUUUGGUAGAUUUUCAAAACUUUGUUCGUGUGUUUAUGGAUUCAUAUAGGGACAGUGUUUUGAACGGAAAAGAAUUAAAGGAUGCAUUCUCUUUAUUUGAUACAAAUGAUGAUGGAAAGGUUAGCAAGGCAGAAAUGAGAAAUGUAAUGAAAAAGAUUGGUCUAUCAAUGAUCAUGUCUGAUGCUGAGCUUGAUCAAUUAUUUGGCAUGGUUGAUAAAGAUGGCGAAGGAAAUAUUGACUUUGAUCAAUUUGUGCAACUCUUCUUAAUGUAA